UAAUAUUUCGUCAUUGAAGAUAAAAUAAUUUUUGGCAGGUGAUUGAUUUUCUAAUAAUUUUACGAUUACUUGGAAAAGAAUUUGAUUCUGAUAUAUAAAAUAUUUCAAAAUGGUUACUGCUGAAGCUGAAAAAGUUGACAUCACUGAUAGUGAACAGAAAAUUAUCGAUCAAGUUGAGUAUUAUUUUAGUGACAUUAAUCUACGUCAUGAUAAAUUUAUGAAAUAUCAAUUAAGAGAAAAUAAUGGCUGGUUUCCAUUGGAUAAAUUAAUGACAUUCAACAAAUUGAAAGCAUUGUCAACGGAUAAAAAUGUUAUCUUGGAUGCAUUGAAAAAAUCACCAAAUGGUCUGAUCGAAUUGAGUGAAUGUGAAACAAAAUUGAAAAGAAUUAAACCAUUGCCCGAAUUUACACCUGAAUAUACUAAACAAUUGAAUCUUCGUACGUUACAUUUGAAAGGAUUUCCAAAAGAUUCUACAUUUGAACAAUUGAAAACGUUUUGUAGUCAAUAUGGUGAAAUCGAUUCGAUUGAAAUGCGUAGACGUGAUGGCAAUUUUAAAGGAUGUAUUAUGGUUGUAUUUAAGGAUCAAGCAACUGCAGAUAAAGUUCUUGCAAUCGAUGGUCUUAAAUAUAAUGAUAUUGAAUUGUUGAAAGAAAAUAAGGAACGAUAUUUUGAACGUAAGAGACUUUUUCUCGAAUCGAUCCGUAAUAAAAAGAAGAAUAAAAAAUCUACCGAUGAAGGUAUAAUCAAAACGGAAGGAGCAAUCAUGAAGAUUACUGAUUUGUCCGCAGAAACCAAAUAUAUUCAAAUUAAAAAUGAAUUAUCUAAACAUUCCAAAGUAGCAUUCGUAACGGCUAUUGGUGAAUCACGUCAAUGUAUGGUUCGAUUUGAUGAAAAAAAUGGUGCAAAACGAGCAUUGAAAGCUUUGCGCGAACAAUCUAUCAAAAAAGAUACAGUCAAUGAUGAUGGUGAUGCGAAAAAUGAUGAAAAAGAUGAUAAAGAAAAAACUGAAGAUAAUAAAGAUAAUGAAGAUAAUAAAGAUAAGGAAGAAAAAAAUGAUGAAAAGUCUGAAGAUAAGGAAGAUAAAACUGAUGAAAAAUCUGAAAAUAAUAAAGAUUCCAAUGGCAAAGAAAAAAAUGACGAUGAAGAAGAUUUGACCAAAGAAUUUGCCGUUGAACUUUGCGGACAAAAUAUUAAGGUUUCAUUAGUAAGCGGCGAAGACGAGAAGAAUUAUUGGAUCGAUUUCAAUCAAAGCCGACAACAAUCAAAUAUGGAACGUUCGAAAAAGAAUAAAUGGCAAAAAGGCAAAAAACGUCAUUUUGACAAUAAAGGUCGAGAUGCUGACCAAGAGCCGAAGAAAAAGAUGGCAAAAGUGGAAGAAUAAUGAUGAGAAUUUCGACAAAUUACAAGAUACAUUCAAAUCUUUUACACAAAUCUUUUGAACAGAUUCAAAUAAUACUAUGAUUUAUUCUUUUUUUAUUU